AUGGGCCUUAAUUGUUCAUGUCUCCGCAACUCCACUACUGAUGAAAAGCAACUACGACUUGACGGAGAGAGGGUUUUACAAAUGGAAUCAGUCAAACUCAAACCCCUCCAGCAAGACUUAAAAACAAAUAGCAAUGCAAUUUUAACCUUAAUCCCCCUUUUUAUAAUAGCACUACUUAUGUCUUCAUUAAUUAAAAAAUGCAAAAAACAAAAUUCUAGAUUUUUUGGCUGAUAAAUGGUGAUUUAGAAGACAUCGUAAAACUGCAAUGUGUUCUUCGUGGCUACCUAGACCGCCGUACAAUUAGAAAAGUCUACAACUUUAAAAACUCUCAACAAUCAAACGAUAACCGUUCUACAGAUUUACUCAAAGACUCCAACUCCUUUUCCUCCCCAAAUCUAGCAAAGCACUCCAUCAAUAACUCUUCUGAGCCCAUCAUUCGGCUCACUAUCAAAGAAAUUGCUGAAUCCCAAGUCCCUGACUACUCUACAAACGCAACUCGUCUAAUCCUCUCUAGGCUUGGCCCUUUCAAAAUCACUGAAGAAUUCCCAGACAAUGAGCCUCGGACCAAACGUGGCCCUGUAGAGCUAGAAAACCAAGCUAUUUAUAUUGGUGAGUGGAAUAAGGACAAUCAACGCCAUGGCUUUGGAAUCCAAAUUUGGAGCGACGGAUCUAGAUAUGAAGGGUACUGGAAAAACGACCAGGCCCAUUUUAAAGGCAGAAUCAUUCAUGCAGAUGGAGAAAUUUAUGAAGGAGACUGGAAAAAUGAUAAGUCCCAUGGGGUUGGCAUUUAUAUUCAUACAGAUGGAGCAAGAUAUGAAGGAACCUGAAGCAAUGAUUUACAAGACGGCUAUGGAAUUGAGACCUGGCCAGACGGGGCAAGAUAUCAAGGAGACUAUAAAAAUGGGAAUAAAGAAGGAAAAGGAAAAUUCGUAUGGGCAGACGGCAGCAUGUAUGAUGGGGAAUUUCAUAAUAACGAUAUAGAAGGAGUUGGAGUCUAUACGUGAAAUGAUGGCAGAAAAUACGUUGGAGAAUGGGCUAAUAAUAAAAUGCAAGGAAUUGGCACGUUCACGUGGAAUGACGGAAGAAUAUACAAAGGAGGCUACUUUGAUGACAAGAAGCAAGGGUAUGGAAUUUUCGAAUGGCCAGAUGGCAGAAAAUAUGAAGGGUGCUGGUUUAAUGGAAAACAGCAUGGGAAAGGGAUUUAUUAUACAGCGAAUGGGGCUGGCAGAGAGGGGGAAUGGAAAGAUGGGCAAAGAAUCAAAUGGUGCGAAUAA